AUGGCAGCCAGGAAGAGAGCGCAGGACCUCCCGCUGGCCGCCUGCAAGCAGCAGAUCAGACGCAGCGGAGAGAGACACGUCGCUGCGUUGAUCCUGGCUAGAGGUGGAAGUAAAGGGAUCCCCCUCAAAAACAUCAAGACCUUGGCCGGGGUCCCCCUCAUCAGCUGGGCGCUGAGAGCUGCUGGAGACUCCGCUAUGUUCCACAGUGUGUGGGUAUCAACGGACCAUGAUGAGAUUGAGAAAGUGGCAAAAUCCUGGGGUGCGAAGGUGCAUCGCAGGAGUCCUGAAGUCUCCAGAGACACUUCGACAUCAUUGGAAACCAUUCAAGAGUUUGUGAGGCUCAACCCAGAGGUGGAUGUGAUAUGCAACAUUCAGGCAACAUCCCCGUGUCUACACCCAUUUCAUGUGAAGGAGGCUUUGGAGAUGAUCACGCUGCAGGGAUACGAUUCUGUCUUCUCUGUGGUCAGGAGACACCAGUUCCGCUGGCAGGAGGUCAAGAAACGAUAUGGUGAGUUGACCAAGCCCCUCAACCUGGACCCAGCCAACCGUCCACGACGUCAGGACUGGAACGGAGAGCUGUGUGAGAAUGGUUCCUUCUAUUUCACCACGAGAGACCUUAUUAUGAAGGAGGGACUUCUCCAGGGUGGUAAGGUCGGCUACUAUGAGAUGCUACCAGAGUACAGCGUGGACAUAGACGUGGACAUCGACUGGCCUGUGGCAGAACAGCGAGUUCUAAGGUAUGGUUACUUCGGGCUGGUUGCACUCGAGGUGGUUCGGCUGAUGUUCUGCAACGUCUCCGGAUGUUUAACAGAAGGAAGGAUCUUUUUGUCUAUAUCCGGAAAAGAGAUGGUGUCUAUUAAUACCAGAGACACUGUGGGCAUCCGGAUGCUGCAGAAGGAGGAAGUGGAGGUGGUGCUGUUGAUGUCCAGCGAGGACCCAAUGACCCAGUUGGUUAACCAAUUGUCUGAGAGGACAGGCUGCAAAAUCAUCCAGGUGGGAGAGGAGCCGCUAAAUGUUUUGAAAGCGAUCGUGGAGCAGAGGAAGUUGGAGUGGAAGGACGUGGCAUACAUGGGUAGCGACAAAGCAGAUGUUAACUGUCUAAGUCUGGCAGGUUUGAGUGCAGUACCUGGAAAUGCCCCGAGGGUAGCAAUUAAUGCUGCAAAGUACACCUGCCACGCAGUCGGGGGGAUGGGAGCCGUCCGGGAGUUUGCUGAACACAUUCUCCUUCAGAGAGAAAAAGCAAAGUCUCAGAAGAAGCAGGAUCGUAUCGACUUAAAAUCAGUUCAUAUUGAGAGGUUUUAG